AUGUCCCACGAAGCAAGGCACCAGGGCUAUAGUGGUGGUGCGACGCAAGAUGAGGCACAUGUGCCGAUCGCAGCUACAGCCGAUGUAUUGCGAUGUUAUGAAGAGGCCGUACAAGAGCCAUUGGUCGAAUGCGUCAAUCUAGAUGGAUUAUACACGAAUUCACAAGACAAACAUUCGGAUCGUCUCGAUGCUGAAAUCCUUCGUGAAGACUUUUGCUCCACAGCCAUCAUUGCAAAUACAUGGCUGACUUUGCGACCUCAGAAUCGAUCGCAAGGCGUUGACAUUGAUUUGGAUGCUUUGCGUGAUACUCAGAAAAAGCUUGGCGGCCGUCGCGUCCAAUUGCUCCAGAGCCCCACGUUCGCACAUCAAACGCAUACUGUUGAGCUGCCCGCAGAAUCUAUGGAGCCAAGGACAACUAUGGCAGCUGCGAAUGAGGACACUUACGUGACAUCAUGGGCUGAAGGCCAGGGAUCAGAGCGUCUUGAUCGUCGGCUGGCAAAGCGGAAGGAUCGCAAACCCAAGAAGACCGCAGGACAGGGAAAAUGCGAUGGUCCCACUGCUGCUGCGCCCGAGCCACGCAUGGUGCUUCUUCAUGGUGAUGUGCUCGAGCUACCUGUGCCGCCAACAAUGGGUGGUACAUCUUUGGAGCAACCUGAUAUUGUGGCUUCACUCAACUACGCCAUGGCUUACUUCCACGAUCGCUCAACACUGAUCCGCUACUUGAGGAGUGUCGCCCAGAGCCUGCGGCCCAAGACCGGCGUGUUUAUUACCGACAUGUUUGGCGGGCCGCCGACAGGUGAAGCCUACGAAGACCAAGAUGAGCUGUGGACACGUUUCUGGGAUGAGCCAGGCUUUCUCCGCACAGCCGGGGAUGCUGCGCAGUUCCAGCUUCCGACGCGAGCACCUGAUACGGACGACGAUGAUCUCGUCGUGCGUCCGGCACCGAGUGAUACAGAGCGUGGCACACGCGCUGAGUGGCCGCGCGGAAAACUCAAGAUGGUGCGGACGGGCACGGCGCAUGGCGGCUUUGAGUAUUGGCGCGAAGAUGGACCGAUCGACUACACAACGAACCGGUUCCGUAUGAGCCUGAGUUUCCGCUUCGCGGAUCAUUCCUGGUUGCGAGAUGUGUUUUCGUACGAUUUUCGUAUUUGGUCACUGAAGGAGGUACGUUUUUCUGCCGAAAAACCGGCAGAAUCAUGCGCUUUGCUUCAGUUCACUCUUUUUACUGACGCGCUUUCUCGCACAUAUCAGCUUACAGAAGCGAUGGAGGAAGCAGGCUUUGCUUUUGUGCGAGUGCUUGUGCUCCCACGCAACGAUAUCGACCAGCAGGACGUCAGUGAUACCGACUCAGAUAUCAGUGAUGAAAUUGCUACCAUGUUUCUGCGCACUGAGAAAGAAGAAGCGCAGCGGCGCAGAUUCCACACGGUACAGCCUGGGGAAAAGGUGUUUUCCACACGCUCAUUCGCGACGUACAUAGUAGGACGAGUGAUGUAA